AUGUCCUCCACUUCCUUUCAACAAGAGCUGCAAGCAGCGGUAUCAUACCUAUCCCUGCAAGGUUAUGAAUAUGUUGCGGCAACAACUGUAGUAGUCUAUGACUAUUUUUUAAAUAUUGAUUCGGAGGUGGAGUUUAUCUGGCUAAACUCGCAAGUAGAGACAGAAACUGUCAUGGACUACAGCUGCAUAUACAGUGAUGCGGUACUUGGGAAUAUCCCGUUGCAUGUCAUAUGGCUCCAUAUUCUACUGUUAGAUUUAAAUUUGCUGGUAUCGGGUUCGAUGUGUAAUGGCUAUUCGGGUGUAUGGCCUACUUGGCAGAUCCAGGCCAAUUCUGAUUGGGCUCUCCACUUGUUUUAUAAUAACCUGUGCCAUUAA